AGACACACCUAGACCAGCGAUUUUCUCCACAGGGAGAUCGAGAUCAACUCUUGUUGUGACAGCCGAAGAACUGCACUCGUUCCUACCCUAUCUAGACCGAAUUAUGAAGGAGCAAACGCAAGUCCUCUCCAUCGCCCAUCCGUAGUCAACUGCAGUCAUUAUAAAGUGUCCUGAUCCGCCGAAAAGCGCCGGGAAAUAGACAGGACGUGCUCGGCUAGCAUGAGCUCUGAACCAGCUUGAGAUGCCAAGUUGAAGGCGUGGACGUCCGCUGGUCUCGCCGAUCAGGUUGCCGGUUGGUUAUAUAAUCAGAAAUCCAGAACACCUUGUUUCCUUUUCUUUCCCCCUGCAUUGAGAGCUUAUCUGACAAUCUGAACGAAACACUGAGAACAGAAGGCCAAUUUUCAGAAGCAACUCGCGUGCACGUACAGUUCAGUACGUAGAAGAUCAACCUGCAGGAUUCCUACAUGGAAAGAGAUCCUCCGACGAAACGUCACUGUGAUAUGUGAGUCAACUCUUAGUGAGCCUCACACGUCAACGACGACGUCACGUUGCAUCUGAGAAACCAUUUCCUUCCUCCAUGGUUGAAGCACGCCACCUGAGUUUCACUGAGGUUUCACAGACAGGCAAAGGCUGCGUAGCUUGGGAAUGGAAACGGGACAGACCAACCCCAAGUCCCCAAAAAACAAGAAAUUUUCUGGCAUCUCCGCCACUAGUCCACUACAACACCAUGCGGGUUUCGUUCUUCAUCCAAUCAUCCCUAAGACGAGCGCAAAACCGCGCGCGCAAUGAUGAGUUGGCUCCAUUCGCCGCAUCCAGACCAGUAUUAGUUACUACCACUUGGACCAGCCGGUUAACCCCUAUAAAUACCCUCGGGUCCUGCACGCCGAGAGCAGCAAGCGACCACCAAGAACGCGAGCAACCAAGCUCUGCACGAGCUUGAUAGCUGGCUGACCAGUGAUCACAAGCGCCAGCUCUAGAACUGAGAGAUUCGUGCUUGCGAUACACCGCUAUGCCACUGUCCAUGGCAUCGGCUCCCGCCUUCCCGAGGCUGACGAUGCCGCUGCCGCCAGCGAUCACGCUCCCGGACGCCGCGGUCGCGGUGCCGCCGCAGCUGUCGGUCGUGGGUAGGCGCGUGGCGGCGAAGCACAAGGCCGUGGUGGUGCUGGGCGCGACGGGGACAGGCAAGUCGCGCCUGGCGAUCGACCUCGCGCUGCGGUUCGGCGGCGAGGUGAUCAACUCCGACAAGAUGCAGGUGUACGCCGGCCUGGAUGUGGCCACCAACAAAAUGGCACCCGAGGAGUGCGCGGGGGUGCCGCACCACCUGCUCGGCGUGGCGCACCCGGACGCCGAGUUCACGGCCGCGGACUUCCGCUGCGAGGCCGCGCGCACCGCGGCCGCGACAGCCGCGCGGGGCCGCCUCCCCAUCAUCGCGGGCGGGUCCAACUCGUACGUCGAGGAGCUCGUGGAGGGGGACCGCCGCGCGUUCCGGGAGCGGUACGAGUGCUGCUUCCUCUGGGUGGACGUGCAGCUCCCCGUGCUGCACGACUUCGUCGCCCGCCGCGUCGACGAGAUGUGCUGGCGCGGACUCGUCGAGGAGGUGGCCGCCGCCUUCGACCCCCGCCGCACCGAGUACUCCAGGGGCAUAUGGCGCGCCAUCGGCGUGCCUGAGCUCGACGCGUACCUCCGGUCGCGCGGCCUCGACGUCGAUGAAGACGAGCGCGCACGCAUGCUCGACGCGGCCGUCAACGAGAUCAAGGCGAACACGUCCCGCCUCGCCUGCCGCCAGCGCGGCAAGAUCCAGCGGCUCGCGCACAUGUGGCGCGUCCGCCGCGUCGAUGCCACAGAGGUGUUCCUCAAGCGCGGCCACGAAGCCGACGAGGCGUGGCAGCGGCUCGUCGCCGCGCCAUGCAUAGACGCCGUCCGGUCCUUCCUUCUGGAAGACCAAAAAUACAGCAGCAUGGUCACCGCAGCUAAAGCCUCCAUCUUCACCUCCACCGCCACCGCUGUAGCAGCCGCGGUUGUUUAACACCUACGUGCCUCAGCACGUACACAGUUACAUGAACGCAAGACCAUGCCGAUGCCACGCGCCGAUCGCCAUUUGUGAUCCCCUAUCAGCUCUGAAGGUAGUAACACUGGAAUGGCUGCAUGCUCUGCUGCGUUCAAGCUCUCGAUGACCGGGCAGAGUAAGCCUGUUCAUAUAGCUGACUCUGUUUGGGGUAGUAAUUAUUUUCUCCAGAUAUUUAACUUUUUGCCACUGUUACGGGUGAGUGGUAACAAAUUUGCCAUCAUGUCUACAUUCAGUGACUCAGGUAGCCUCAUAUAUCGGUGAGAGAUUGAAUUGACAUAUGAUAAGAGUGGCAAAUAGUUAAAUAAUCAAUUUUCCUUCUCAUUUUGUCUGUACUUUUGUAAGAGAUGAUCUAUCAAGUGCGUGAGAGAGAGCGAAUUUUGAGGGUAUUUUUCUCUUAUCCAAAAAUGUGUAAUAGACGGCGGCACUGUUGAUUUGGCGUGAUGUAACAGGCUCUUGAUGUAAAAUAGAGAGAGUUCUUGGUGAAAUUUUCAUGAGCAGAAA